CAGCAGUUUUCGCUUGCUGGCCGUUUCCAUAGAGACGCCGCUGUCGCUUGGCAGGAUGCUACCUGGAUGAGAAGAUUCUCAUGGACCCGAAACGAGGUGACAAGGCGUUGUACUGUGUUAUACAUGCGGACCAGCUGAAGACAAGAUGUCUCGGUUGUCGGCUGAAGACGAGUCGGAGUUGCAGUUGCUGCUCAAGCAGCUUCUGAUCAGCAUCAACGACAGGAUCUCCGGCGCGCCGUCCACCGAGUGUGCAGAGGAGAUCCUCCUUCACCUGGAGGAGACGGACAAGAACUUCCACAAUUAUGAGUUUGUCAAGUACUUCCGUCAGUAUGUGGAGACUUCUCUGGGGACGGUGGUGGAGGAGGAAACCAAGAACCUGACGAGAGGCGAGGGACAACAUGCGAUCGGCUCAGGCCACGACACACUGAUCCACGCCGUCACCAGGAGGACCCGAGACUCGGCCGAGAAAUCUCAUUGGCAUCCACAGUACCAGCAGAUGAUGCAGACCCUGAAAAACACCAUGAUAGUCGCCGUGGAAUCUUUGAUCAACAGAUUCGAGGAGGACCAGAUGAGGAAAGAGGAGCUGCACAGAGAGAGGCAACAGUCUCAGUCCAACAGCCAGUACAUCGACAACUGCUCUGACAGCGACUCGUCCUUCAACCAGAGUUAUGCAUUCAUCAGACAAGAGCAGCUGCAAGACUUGGCUGAAAAACUUGACCCCAGCAGACCCAAAGAGGUCCGUUGGCAGGCUCUCCAGGCGCUCUGCUGUGCCCCUCCCUCGGAUGUGCUGAGCUGUGAGAGCUGGAGUGGCCUGCGCAGGAAGCUCUGUGCGGCUCUGACCGAGCCCGACCCCGACCUCGCCGAUAACGUGCUGCAGUUCUUCGCUAAAAGCUUCUCCUCCUCUCCCCUGAAUGUGACACGAGAGAUCUAUACCAGCUUGGCUAAAAGUGUGGAGAUCAGUUUCACGUCCCACAAGCUGAGCUUCCCGACGGGCUCGGCGACCGUCGACACGAACAGACCCGAGGUUGUUCGUCUUCUCAAACAGAUUCGAUUGAUGAAUGACUUUCAAAAGGAGGUGACGACUUUUUGGAUCCGUCAUCCAGAGAAGUAUAUGGAGGAAAUUAUAGAGAGCACCUUCUCCCUGUUGUCCCUCCACCAUGAACCUGGCUCGACCUCUCCCAGGACAGAGAAAACCCUGGAGCCAAUUCACUUACUGGCCUUACUCGACAUCAGAGCUACCUGGUUUAAUAAGUGGAUGCAUGGCUGCUACAGUAGGACUGUGGUUCUAAGACUCCUGGAGAGAAAAUACAAGUCUCUGAUUGUUGCGGCUCUUCAGCAGUGUAUCUGUUACAGUGAACGCUGUGAACGCUUCACAAACGAGACAGCUGAUCCCCCGUCAGCAGAGCAGCAGCGGAACGCCGUCCAGAGGAGUGUUUAUUCGGGAAAGGAGCUGGAAUACGCCGUGGUUGUUCACUCCCUGUGUUUCCUGGGAAAACUCCUCAUCUACACCAAUGGAAGAAAGCUCUUCCCCGUCAAAGUGAGGAAACGCAAAGAUCCAGUCGGUCUGGCAGACCUGGUGGUCAUCCUGAUUCACAUCAUGUACCAACAGCCCGAGCGUCUACACAGUGACACAUCAUACACAGACCCCCUGUCGCCCAGCGGCCUGGUGAUGGAGGUGCUGUGGACGCUGGGCGACAGGACAGAGUGCGCUGCCGAGUGUCUCCACCAGCCGGCUGUCAUAGAGACGCUGCUGGCUCCGGUUAUAGCUCUGCUCAAUGGACAGCAGUGCGAAUUAAAGUCUCCCGCCGUUGCGCUGACGCUCGUCGCUGACAUUCUGGCUCGCGUCGCAAACACGGACCGGGGAUUAGCUCUGUUCCUGCACGAGGAGAACGUCCUGGUGGCGCACGGCGAGAGAAGAACCACCGCUGCUCUCGUCGUCGUGCAGUUCACCCUGAGGCUGCUGAACGACGAGCUGCCGUCGCUGAGCGAAUCCGACGCACGGCAAACGUUGUGCGGAGCUUUCAUCUUCGUCUGCAGGCAGAUGUACAACACGUGCGAGGGUCUGCAGGUCCUCCGACCCCACGGCCUGCACGCGGCUAUAGCCGCUGCAUGGAAAAAGACAAGUUCCUUGUCUGAAAGAGUUCCUACCCCGAUGCCAGGGCCCACUGCUAGGGCAUCCACCCAGGAACUUCAGAACAUGCUCAUCUGGGAGGAGACGUUGUUGGACAGCCUGCUGAACUUCGCCGCCACUCCCAAAGGUCUGCUGCUGCUCCAGCAGAUGGGGGCCAUGAACGAAUGCGUCUCCUACAUGUUUUCUCGCUUCUCUAAAAAACUGCAGGUGAGCCGCUGUGAGAAGUUUGGCUACGGGGUGAUGGUGACACAGGUGGCAGCAACUGCUCCUGGGGUGGUGGCGUUGCGCUGUUCAGGUUUUGUCCAGGCGCUGGUGACUGAGCUGUGGUCAACGCUGGAGUGUGGAAGUGAAGAGGUGAGGGGAGUCCGUCCCCAACCGACACCCAUGGACCCCAUCGACAGGAGCUGCCUCAAGUCCUUCCUGUCCUUGCUCAACCUGCUCUCCUCAUCCCAGUCCGUAUGGACGCUGCUGGCUCAACAGCCUUUAGCCAACAAGAGUGAAUACACCCUGAGAGAAAUGCCAACCUCCAUUCCUGAGUUGAUUGACAGGCUGAUUGCUGUGAACUCGGAUGCAAAGAUCCAUUCGCUGUUCCACUAUGAGCAGUCUCACACAUUUGGCCUGAGACUGCUCAGCGUGCUCUGCAGUAAUCUGGACUCCUUUCUGCUGCUGGAGAGCCAAUACGACAUCUGCUCCGCGCUGCUGCAGAGUCAGAGGGAGAACGUCACCGAGCCAGACGACAGUGACGGGGAGUUCAUCGUCGACAGUCUGUCAGUGGAGAGGAACCACGUGCUGGUUCGCGUCGGCGUGGUCGGAGGUCCGUCCGAGAGGAGGCUCCCUCCUCGAGCCCUGCAAGAGGGUGAAGAUCCGUAUCCCUGGCCCAUGUUUUCCAGCCACCCUCUUCCUCCCUGCUACACCUUGGACCUGCCAAACAUCCUCCAUAUCUCACAGGACUCCGAGAUCACUUCAUUCCUGUCGGCAUCUGUAGACGCAGCGAGCGAGGAGGGCUGGAUGCUGAUCUGCCGUCGGCACUACUGCGAUGCCAUGACCUCCGAACCCGGCAUCCUGACUGGACACGUGCUGGCCGACCUUCUGGACAAGGUCGUGGCUCAUUUAGCCUCCGCAGAGCGCUUCUUCUCUCCGGCUCAGUACAAAGCGGAGGAGGAGGAGGAGGAGGAGGAGAGGAGCGUGAAGAGCGCUGUGUUGUCAUCUGUGGAACAGCUGGGGAUCGACACGUGUCUCAGGUACGGCAGAUACCUGGAGCUGCUUAGGGACGACGCGGCGCACGACUUGACGCUGCUCAUGAAGCACCUGAAGGUCUUCUUGUCCUCGCAGAGAAUCAAACCUUCGUCGGACCUCGUCGCCCGGCAGGAUUGUUACCCGGGCCACGACUGGCUGGCCUCCACGGUUUUCCUCAUCAUGGCCGGAGAUGCGGACCGGUCUCUGCGUCUGCUGCUCGGCCUCUCCUCGCUGCUCACCUCCGCGUUCAUCUGGCCUGCGGGGAUACAUGCGUCUGUCCACGUCGCCGUGGAAACGGCUGAGUCGGGGAUCCCUCCCGUCUACUGGUGCACGGCGCACUACGUGGAAAUGCUGCUGAAAGCCGAGGUGCCUCUGGUGCACGCCGCCUUCAGGAUGUCCGGCUUCACCCCAUCGCAGACGUGCCUCCACUGGCUCACCCAGUGCUUCUGGAACUAUCUAGACUGGACGGAGAUCUGCCACUACGUCUCCACCUGCGUGGUGAUGGGCCCCGACUACCAGGUCUACAUGUGCACGGCCGUUUUCAAACACCUGCAGCCCGAGAUCCUGCGGCGCACGCAGUCCCAGGAGCUGCAGGUCUUCCUCAAGGAGGAACCAAUCCGGGGCUUCGAGGUCAGCGACUACCUGGAGUUCAUGGAGCGACUGGAGCGAAGCUACCGAGACGUCGUUCUCACCGACAUGAAAACUUUACGUGACCCUGUAGGGUAGGAACGCGUUGUUAUUACCAUUUUAAUAAUUCAACAUUAUUCUACCCUCUUGUGUUACCUGGUAGAGGUUGUACAUUUACUGUAUAUCAUGUAAAUACUGUCUGUGAUAUGUAUGAACGGCGUUUUGUUUAGAAGACAUUAAAAUGAGGAAAUUGAUUCAA